CAGCCCCGCCCCUCGGGCUGCUGGAGGCUGGGGCGGGGCGGGGCGGGCAGUCAAGCCCAGGCGGGAGGGAGGGCGGCGAGCAGGUGGAGUGUUGGCGCCCGGCUGCCAUGGCUCAGCCUCCUGCCCAGGGCACCGGCUCCCACUUCUCCCCUCCGUGCCUGCUCGGGAUGCCCCGCGGACUCCUGCCCCUGCCGUCCUUCCCCUGCGCGCCGCCCGCCCCCCGGUCCCGCUGGGGUUAGGAGCCACGCCGUCUGGGGUCUCGGGCCCAUGCAGUGCCGGCUCCUCCGGGGCCUGGCGGGAGCCCUCCUCACCCUCCUGUGCACGGGGCUCCUCUCCCUCCACUACCGCUCCAGCCUGGCCGCCCAGAGGCUGCAGGAGUCCCCGCAGCUCAGCGCCCCCAGUGCCCCCAGCGCCCCCAGCCCUCAGCCCCCGGAGCUGCAGCUGCGGGACAUCUUCAUUGGCGUCAAGACCACCCAGGCCUUCCAUGGACCCCGCCUGGGGCUGCUGCUGGACACGUGGGUCUCCAGGACCAAGGACCAGACGUUCAUCUUCACUGAUAGAGCGGAUGCUGGCCUCCAGGAGAGACUGGGGUCCCACCUCGUGGUCACCAACUGCUCUUCGGAACACAGCCACCCAGCUCUGUCUUGCAAGAUGGCGGCAGAGUUUGAUGCCUUCCUGGCCAGUGGGCUGCAGUGGUUUUGUCACGUGGACGAUGACAACUACGUGAACCCGCGGACGCUGCUGAAGCUGCUGCGUGCCUUCCCGCAGACACAGGAUGUGUAUGUGGGGCGGCCCAGCCUCAACCGGCCCAUCAGGGCUUCAGAGCCUCAGCCCCACAACCACUCGAGGACGGUACAGUUCUGGUUUGCCACUGGGGGCGCUGGCUUCUGCAUCAACCGCAAACUGGCACUGAAGAUGGUGCCUUGGGCCAGCGGCUCCCGGUUCGUGGACACGUCGGCCCUCAUCCGCCUGCCUGACGACUGCACAGUAGGCUACAUUGUGGAGUGGAAGCUGGGGGGCCGCCUGCAGCCCUGCUCCCUCUUCCAUUCCCACCUGGAGACACUGCAGCUGCUGGGAGCCAGCCAGCUGCCAGAGCAGGUCACCCUCAGUUACGGCACCUUCGAGGGGAAGCUUAAUGUCAUUAAGCUACGGGGCCCCUUCUCCCCUGAGGAGGACCCCUCCAGGUUCCGCUCACUGCAUUGCCUCCUCUAUCCGGAUACUCCCUGGUGCCCACAGCGGAGCCCUCGAUGAGCCCUGCAGUGUGGGGCAGAGGCUAGGCUGGACCCUCUGGAGAUCACUGGCCUCCCAGGGAUGCCUUGAGUGGUGUGGGGGCUUCCCUGAAGGGCCUGGGAAUGACGGGAAGGCCCAAUAUGCAUGGUGGCUAGAGGCCAGAGCAGCCCAGGGCCCAGGGACCUUAAGUGAGGACCAGGGAGGUUCUUGAGCCAAGGCCUCCAUGGGCCUGGGGUGACUGACUUGAACAAGGAUGGGGUGUCUUUGAGCCAGGCUGGGGCUCAGGGGUCCUACCCCUCCUUAGAGUCCUUGGGAUCCCAGGAGGGUGGUGUGGCCUCAGCUCCCAGCUCCAUUUUCUCAGUUACCCCCUUGGGAUGAGCAUGGGACCACCCACUCCUGGUUCCCUUGGCUGUCUCCCUCCCCAACCCCCCAUCAGCUGGGAUAAUGGCAGAAUCUGGGGUCUGUCCAGGUGCUGUGUUUCCUACCAGGCUCCAGCUCCCUCCCCGUCCUCACACUUGCUGACAGUGUGAUCUUUUCUUAGAGGCCCAGCUGGUGGAUCAUUCUAGGUCUCAGCCAGCUUUUGCUUACUUACUCUGCUUCCCUAUCUCCCUUGCCAUUAGGAGUCACCAGUUACCUAGCCCUGACCAGAGCCCUGCUAGUGUGAACGAAGCUCGCCCACAGCAGAGCUUCUGAGGAUCAUUUUAUAGUUUCACAAAUCUUUCUGUGGUGAAUGUACGUGUGAUGUCUGAAGCUGGGGCAGCCACUUUGCUUCCAUGAAAGCAAAAUCAAAACAACUGCCCUCCACAGGGGUCCUUUCCAACAUGUGUUUCUGUAAGAAAAUUAAACACUUAUUUGCUUAA